GAAAAAAUGGCGCCUGAUUGAUUAAUUUUGAAUUUGAAAAAUAUUUCUAUCGCCCUUAAGACUGUGUAGUAAUCGAGAUUAACGUACAUACUGUAGAUAAAUUAGUUGAGAGCCUUGAUCCCUUACACACUUUGUAUUUCAACGAUAUUCAGAUAUGGACAAGAAUCAAUCACCGCUUUUCCGACAUAUUUAUUAGUGUACUUCUAGUUAAAGGCAUGCUGUAGCAAUCCAUCACUUUCGACAAGUGAACCAACAACAAACGUAAAGUCGGUGGUCAAACUAACUUAGGAGUACUCGACACAUCACUGGCAACAUGAUUAUCCUGGCAUUGUUAAUGAGCAUGGCUGUUGCCAUUGACACCAGGAGUGGGAAAAAACUCGUAUUGGAUGCUGCUGCACAAGCUGCAUGUAUAACAACCCAAGGCUAUUUAAGCAGUGAUUUUACGGACGACCCCGAAGCAGACUGCUGUUCAUUCAUCGUGUGUAGUGCUCCUCAUUUGAACAAAACGGGCUUCCUCGGUAAAUGCAUGGGAGGCACCGUAUGGAAUACAGAUCUUUCAGUUUGCGAUGAUCCAAAAUAUUUUCCAAGUUGUGACCCUGCUGACUGCACUGUUCCUGUAAGGACGACGGCUUUGUGUGGAGACUUGGAAGACGGAACUUGCUGUGUCGGAGGGCGAGAACCAGUUUACACAGUCCUAAGUGAUAACAGUUACUCACUGUCCGAUGGCAAACCACAAUUCUGCCCCCUGGGACAAGUGUUCAGUACGUCAGACUGCUGCUGCGAAUUUGAAUAUGUUGUUGAUCCUCGUUGUGAAACUGAGCUGUACAUUGCCGAUCCUGAUAACGAGUGUUGUGGAUUCCUCCAAUGCUUUGCUAAUAAGACAGGAACGGUUGCUAUAGAAUGCAGGCCACCCUCCGUAUGGAAUGACGUCAACAAGACAUGUGACCUUGCAACCAACGUCAUGGAUUGCAUGAACGCGUAUUGCGGAGAUGAGGUGACUGAUCUCCCUUGCCCACCCACAUUAGGAGAAGACCAAUGUUGUAUUGCUGGUAUUGUGUAUGACGUCAUUGACGACAUAACAUACAGAGACUCCGGCUCUGAUAGGGUCAACUGCUGCCCUGUCGAUGAUAUGAGUGAAGUACAACUAGUCUUUAGCAAGGAUGAUUGCUGCUGUGAAGUCCCGGAUGAACCUUAAGCAUUUAGAAUAUGAUGUUAAAAGCACUGUCUACAUCGUAGUUUAAAUAAAUUCCUUUUAAUUUAAAGGCCUCGUGUUAAGUUUGAAAUAAUGG